UCGGAUGCUACGGAAGUAGCUUUGUUUACAGUCGCGGGACGUGAGCAUGGACUAAAGGUAGCAGCAGAGACGGCAAAACUGGCAAUGCGGAGAAGAGAUGAAACCUGGCAGCAGCUAUACGUGACCUCGAUUAGAGGAUGGAUUUCCUCACUCUGUUCGCUGUCUACGUCCUGACAGUGCUGACAUGUAUAAUCCUGAUCUGUAAGUACUCAGGCCAGCAGCAGACCCCCUUUAAUACUCUAUUCAACGGUGUGGCGAAGGUAUUUGCACCUUAUACCCCCAAAUGGCUCCAAAAGCUUUCACACUGGACUUUACACACACUGUUUCAUCAAAGGAGCAACAUGUUCAUCUACCUGCACACCCUGCUGGAGGGAGCCGUGUACGCAGAGUUCACCUACGAGGUGUUCGGCUUCUGCAGGGAGAUGGACACCACUCUGACCAGCCUGUCUGUGCCUUACAUCCUGCUGGCGGUCAAGACCUUCUUCUUCUACCGCUGCAUCAAGGGAGAUCCAGGCACGGUGACGCGGAGCAACAUUGCUGGCCAGCUGCACGUUUAUCCGUACGACCGCAGGCUGUUCCACCCUGGAGUCUCCUGUCCAACCUGCCAGCUGCUGAAGCCGGCCCGCUCCAAGCACUGCCGCGUCUGCAACAGGUGCGUGCUGCGUUUCGACCACCACUGCGUCUGGGUCAACAACUGCAUCGGCGCCCAGAACACGCGUUACUUCCUGCUGUACCUGUCGAGCGUGUGUGCCAUGGCAGGAAGCGUGGCUCUGCUGACAGGAGACAUGCUGCUCCAUGCUGUGCUGCGCUCGGGGAUAUUAAGAGCCACUUAUAUCGAUGAGAAUGGGGACCGCCAGCUUGCCGGGCCGCUCUUUGUUGCACAGCAUCUGUUUCUGACUUUCCCCCGGAUCGUCUUCAUGCUGGGCUUCCUCGUCUUCAUCUUCUUCCUCUUGGCGGGCUACUCUCUGUUCCACUUCUACCUGGCGCUCGUCAACCAGACCUCCAACGAGUGGUACAAAAGUCGGGGUUACGUCUGCCAGCACUGCCGUCCGACUCCCGCCCCCGACGGCGCGUGCAGCCCGGCGCCAGACCACUCCAGACGCUACUUCUACAGCCGAGGGAUCCUCCCAAACCUGCGGGAGAUCUUCUCGCCUCCACGUCCAGUCCAGAAAAAAGACAACUGAAAUAAAAAGCUGCUGCCUUCUGUAUCACCGAGCUGCAUUUACAUUCCCAGACUGACUGUCCACAGCUACGGCAGGGAAAAUAAAGGAUUUUGUUUUGGA